AUGGUUUUGAUAGAAACGACGUUCGUGUUGCUUGUUGAAAUGUCGUGGCUCGCGGUAGCCGAAAACUACGGCACGUUUUUGUUGUCCGGCUCCAACCUCGAGUGGCCAUCGGUGGCCGAGGAAAGCAGCGACAUACUGUUCGGCCGGUACGAACCGCGUAAGAUACUCGUGCACGGGUUCCAAAUGGACGGUGAGCGUGCCUACGUGGCCAUGCCGAGGUUCAUGAAGGCCGGCGUGCCGUGGUCACUGGGCGUGUUCCGGUUGGAUGUGAUGGACUUCGAACCGGACAUCCGGCCGUAUCCCGAUUAUAGUAGUUACGGGUUGUGCAGCGGCCGUGGCACCACAACCUGCAUCGUAAACGUCGUCGACGUGUACAUCGAAAACGGCGUGCUGUGGGCACUGGACACGGGCACCAUCAACGUGAUGUGGAAGCCGCUGCGCCAGGGCCCGGCGCAGUUGAUCAGCGUCAAUCUGACCACGCACAUGGUUAUCGGGGCCACCGACCUGUCGGCCAUCACAUGGCCGGACAGCGUGCUCGAGUACGUUGUGGCGGUGCGCACGUUGUGUGGCCGGCUGAAUGUGUACGUGUCGGACGUCGGCCGGCACAAGAUCAUCGUGUACGACGUGGACGCCGGCCGGUUGCACGCGAUUCAGCUGCCCGAGACCAUACCGGUCGACAGUCACCGGCGCGCCGUUCUGCACCUGGUGCCCGUUGGCAUGGCCGGCCGCGGUUACCUGUACUUUACGUACCGACACAGCGGUUACAUGUUCGCGCUGGACGCGUGGUCUCGCGAGAGCGUGACGUACGGUGCCGUGUCUGAGGUGGGCGUCAAGCCGGUGAGCAUGCACGUGCUGGGUUCGGACAGGGGCACCAAUGUCUACUUCCGGACGACCGGUGGUGGCAACGACGUGUGGGCGUGGGACGUCAACCGGCCGCUGGAAGUGCGCAGCUUCGUCCUCGUCCACCGUAGCUACCUGUACUUGACGCCGACAGCUGUGGCGGCCGGCUGGCGGAACAUGGUGUGGACGGUCGAGUCCAACUACGACGAGUACACCACCGGCAACGUGGACUGCACCGGUCCCAGGGCGCUAUUGCGCCCCCUGAAUGGCGGCGCGGCCGACGACAGCAACGAGAUCUUAUAG